AUUCUUCGCGAGCUCCACAGAUCCAAGGUGCUCUCUUCGUCUCGGAAUUGACAUUCCCUCUGAAAGCUUCCGCUAAUCAGUUUACGCCGUCUUCACCCGAAAGCUGACGAGAUGGCGAGUCUCCUGAUGAAUUUGAAUAAGGUGCCGGCGGGCGCGAUGCCCUCCGAGAAGGAUAUGGAUCCCAACGACAACAUUCCCUGGUAUCUCAAAUAUGGAGCACGAGUUGUUGGAACCAUCGCUUCCCUCGUUGCUAUCGGGAUGGGCAUCCUGCUUGCUUUCCGAUCAGCUUUGACCAUCUCAUUGACGUGCCUUCUCGCCGCGAUAAUUCAGUGUUCCGCGGGUCUAUUCGUGGCGCUCCUGGAAGCUCCGUGCCUCUGUGCAUUCCUAGCCUUCGCUCAGAAACCCGGACAAAUGAUGGACGGCAAACCCCUCAUGUUCAAGGCUGGCUUGUACUGCGUGUUGGGCGUCGUGCCAGUCAUCAUGUGCAUGGGGAUCACAACCAUCCUGGGCUCUGGCCUGAUCCUCUGCUGCGGCUUGAUGUAUGGCUCGAUCGCGAUGGGCAGAAAGGCCCCCGCUGCCGAUAUGGCAGCCGCAGCAAAUGGAGGAGUUGUCUCGCCGUCGCACUUAGAAGACGGCCAGCCCCAGCAAUACGUCAACUAGGGCGUGUUCUCCCAGAGAACGCGCACUUCAUGAUGUUCUGCGUCAAGUUCAUCGAUACGAACCCGUACUGUGUUUGUGAGAGAAUCUAUCGACCUGGAAGCUGCUCUCGGUGGUGGUACUCGAGUAGUCUAAUGAGGUGUUCCAAAUUCUCCCAUUCGAUCUCAGCCAGUGAAAAAUGACAGCCAGACCU